AUGGCCGAUUCCGGCUGGCUGCUGCAGUGGACCAUUGUCCUUUCAUUGACCGCCCUCUGCCUGUCGUUGGUCGUCGUCGCCCAGGUCGUCGCCAGUUACUCGGCGGCAUACAGGGCCGCACCCCACGACGUCGCCACCUUUGUCGAUGCCGUCGAUUUCUCCAUCCAGGAAAACGAGAGCUACGAUCGCGAUGUCGCAAAGGUCCAGCGCCUCGAGGACAAGCUGCGCCUCGGCCGCCUGCUGCGCGAGAUCCAGAGGGGCGGUGACGACCUGCGCGAGGAGCUCAAUCGCCUGCUGAUUGGAGAGGGCACCACGUCGCUGAGGACCAGCGCGCGCCUGCUCUGGGCCUCGAAGCGCGUCGACCUCGAGGACCGGGUCCGGAGGCUCGACCUCGUGCGCAUGCGCUUCCUCGUCGUCUACAUGGGCAUCAUGGCUUCCAUUGCCGACAAGCAGCCCCCGCCGCCCCCUCCUUUGCCCCGGGACCGGGAAAAGACGUCGGCUUUCGCAAAGCCAGCCCUGCAAAAGUCGCUCACCGAGACCAUGACCAAACGUGCGCCCAUACGCCGUCUGACUACCCAGGCCAUCGGCCACCAGGACAAUGUGACGACGCCGCAUCGCAAGGGCUGGGCCGGCGUCGUCGAGGAGCUGCAGACGUCACCGCGGAUGCAACGGCGCCACGCCUCGCUGGAGCAAACCAUGACCUCAAGGCCUCCGUGA